AAAUGCAACGGGACAACUUCCGUUUUUGUUUUCUUCUUCUUCUUCGAGUGGAGAGGAAACCAAAAUGAAAAGCGACGCUUCCAAACGAGAAUUGAGCAGUUCAUUUCAGCGGUGUUUCCCGGCCAUGUGGCGAAUGUGCAACUUUUGCAUGUGCUGCUUUUUCGCUUUAGCCGCUUACGUGCAGGUGAACGACCCAGAUGCCGGAAUCUGGAUGGCUGCCUACAUCAUACCAUCAGGGCUGUGUUUUAUGGUCUGUGUGAUGCCUGCAAUAACAGAGAAUUUAAUAUGGAGUCAGCUGUCUGAUUUGCAUACGGCUUCCUGCCUUAUCGUUGCUGGUGCUGUGGGUCUGUCAGUCUACAGAAAUGCAACCAAGAACAUCCUCCAUGAGGAGGAAGGCAGGGAGCUUUUUGGUUUGCUGUUAGUUGCUGUAUGGCUUCUCCUUUGUCGCCGUUCAGGGAAGAAUCCAGUUGGAGGACUGAGACUUUCAGCUGCAGGUGUAAUUGUUGCAUUUCCAGUUGUGGCCUGGCUGUAUUACCACGUGAACACACACCUGAGAGACUCCUGGCCCUCGCACUGUAAGACCGCCCUGUGAGAAGCAGUGUAAAAGCAUCCGAGCCACAUUAACCCCCUUGGAGACCACUGAGUGCGUAACGUUAGGCAAUCCGUGCACAUUAGCGAAGUAUGAGGACAAUAUUUUUGAUGAUGCCAGGAUGGUUUGUGUCCAGUUCAGUUAUUUUUGUAAUAUAUGCCAUACACUUGGCCUGGACCGAGUAAAAUGGGGUUCAGAAAAAGGACGAUGGAGGCUGCGCGCUUCUUGACACGAUGAUAACAUGUGCUGACAACGUUAUUAACUGAAAAUACGAACAUCAAUUGAAGUAAUUCCAGGAAUAUGUCAUCCGUUUUAUCACCAGUCUGACUUGCCAAGGUGGCAGAUCACCAGAGCAUUUCUAGCUGGCAAUGACUGCAGGGCACAAGUGAUAAAAACUUUUAAAAAACAUUGGAAGAACUGAUCAUUUGCAUUUUCCCCUAUGGCUGUCAUGUCUGAGAUACCCUUUACAUCCAUCAUGAUAAUGCGGUCAACCUGUUCAUCCCCGUUCAUCCAUCGCAGUGACUCUAUUUCAAGAUACAGUUUAAUGUACAUCUUUAGAAUUUGGAUCACUUUCUUUAUUUGUAUAUUGUAUGUUAAACUCUACUUCCCUGUGUACGCAUUCUUUAGGCUCGGCUUGUGAAGUUUCAAAGUAUAAGAGUUGGCAGUUUUUUACCACCAAAACACUAAAAUGUCCGUCUUGCAUCUUCCAGCGUGUUUCAGGUAUUAGUAUGUCCGUUGUGCUGUUUUGUCUUCACAAGAACCAGUAGAUAGUAAGGCUAAUAAAACAACUCCAGUACUUUAA